CGGUGGCGCCAUCAGUGUGGGCUGUGCCGUGGCUGGAAGUUACUGUGCGGCGGCGGCUAAGAAGGCGGCUGUGGUGGCGGCGGCGGCUGCUGAGGCGGUGGCUGAGGCAGCGACGGAGGGAACAGAAGAUGGCAGAUUUUUUGAAAGGACUGCCUGUCUACAACAAAAGCAAUUUUAGUCGAUUUCAUGCUGACUCUGUGUGCAAAGCUUCGAACCGACGUCCCUCAGUCUACCUGCCCACGCGGGAGUACCCAUCCGAACAGAUCAUUGUGACAGAAAAGACAAACAUCCUUUUGCGCUACUUACAUCAGCAAUGGGACAAAAAGAACGCCGCCAAGAAGAGAGACCAGGAGCAAGUGGACCUUGAGGGUGAGAGCUCGGCGCCCCCCCGCAAGGUCGCACGGACCGACAGCCCGGACAUGCACGAGGACACUUAAGACUCUCACUCCCCCCACAGGCGCCUCCUGUCUUGUCUGCUCCUCGCCCGCCCGCCUUGUGUAAGCGCCCCCCGCCCUCCCCGCCACCGGCCCACCCACACCCAACCAUCCAUACCACUUCCAACCUCAUAGGAGCCGAUGUAUUUAUUUUCCUUGAGUUUUUAUUUAUGCUGUAAAAUGUACCAAGCGAUGGUUAAAGGGGACGUCAGACCCAGUAGUGUGAUGUUGGUAGAUGCUUUUUAAAAAACAACAUUGUUAUUCACAACCCCCCCUCCCAGAUCUCCCUUUUGCCCCCCACCCCCUCCACCCCAGUUCUCCGGAAAAACCAGAGCGUGUCUGCAAGGGUCUAGCGCCGGGGCCCUGCUGUAGCCCGGCAGCAUGGGUGGGAGCCCUUCUCCCUGCUCCUACUCUCCAGUCCGGGCCUUAAAGACUUGGCUGGGACCUAUUCCGUGCUCAGGCUUUGCUCUGAAUGUGUGCCAGGGGGAGAAGUCAGCAUUUCCGGAUCUUUCUCUUAAGUCAUUUUAUCAUGGACUAGUGCGUGCUCCGUGUCCACCCCAAUAAAAGGAUCUUUCCUACUCGACCUUGCGUCUUUGCUCCGUGUGCCUCAGCCCCAGAGGACGGAGCUACUGAGAGUCGUCUCAUCAUCACCAAGAGGAGCCAAGAAGGGUCCCCACGUGCCAGGGACCUGGGACCCGCUGGAUUCUCUCAUGGGCCUGCUGUGGCCACCUCGCUCAGAGCCAAGACCUACCCGGACCCACCCCCAUGCCUCACCUGUCAAGGUGUCCCGGAGGACCAGGACACCCCUGAGAGAUGGUCCAUGUCGCCAAGGAUAUAACUGUGGUCAACCCCACGCCCUGGAUGCCUUGGGUCAGGGUGGCAUGCCCACCAGCCACCGCGGAGACAGCCCAGGUGGCCCGGCCUCAAGUGCCCCUGGUUCAGAGACGAGGCACAUGGAGCUGCGAGGAAUACCCAGCCCAGGGGCUGUUGGUCGGCGAGUUACACACAGCCACUCACGGGCUGUCAGCUAGGCUGGGUUUGGGCCUGAGUUUGGAGACGUAGGGGGCAUUCAGGCUCCAGGCAGAAGGUUUGAGGCUUCAGACACUGGGCCUGGGGCCAAGGGGAACACUGCUUCUCCCCCCACAGCAGCCCCAAGUGGGGGCUGUGGUCUGGGAGCUGAGUGCUGUGGCUUUGGGGGACGUGGGGGGUUGGGCCAUGGAGCUGGAAGGAACACCAGGCCUUAGGGGGCGCCAACCCCAGAUUAUCACUGUGGAGCUCCCUGCCUGAGCCAGACCGCUCGGGCCUGGGCCACCCAGCGCCUCCCACGGUGGAAGGUUCCGGGGUUUACCACCUAACUGUGCCGUGGGGCCAAGGGGCUUUUCCUCCCAGCUGUGGGCGGCAUUUACACUACGUUGUGUCCCUGUGGUCACAAGGCAGGUGCUCACAAAAUACAAGCUGACCUCGGUAGUGUUGUGGUGGGCUGAGUGCCCAGAGGUUCUAGAUGCCUUGGGAUCCCCAGUCCCAGGGCUCGGUCUGCCCCUAGGCAGGCACGUGGUGUCGCUGAUUAUUAGUGAGUACGGUUCAGCUUCAAAGGCCACAGGACAGUGGGAGCCGGUGGCACCCCUGCCCUCACCUCUCUGGCCCUUGAGGGACUGGGUUCGUCUGUCAGUGUCAUCCAUGGCUCAGGCAGGGGUCCCACGGCCAGGGCCCACUGAGGUCUCUGGAGUGCAGGCUCCUCGGCCAGCCUUUGCCCACCUCUCCUGCCUUUGGGACCGCCCCCUAUUCCUCUGCUCCUUCAGACACCAAACUCUGCCUUCCCACACCUCUGUGCCUUUGCACAGUCUGCUCUCCUGCCUCCAGUGAACCUGGUUUCUUUUGCAGCCCUCCAAAGUGCCCCUUCCUCACGCUGGCUCCCCUGGGCUCCCCCAGCCAUGGAGCAGGGCGCAUCAGGCUCUGAGCCUUUAGCUGUGGACAUGCUUGGGGCAGGGGGAGGGGCCGCGUCCCAUUCCUGACCACACAACGAAGAGUCCCAGCAACUCGGGUCUGACAGUGGUCCCACAGUGGGGCGUCCCAGCCACUCCCCAAUUCCAUCCUCGAAUGUGCCAUCCCCUCAACAUCCAGACUCCGGUGCCAGGUGCCUUCUGAUUUUCCUACCCCAAGUUCUUUCCACCACGUGUGGCUCUUCAGAUGGCAGCCUGGGGUGGGGGGCAGUUAUGCCAGAAAGUGGGGCAAAGAGGACUGUGUCACCUCUGUCCCCCGGAAGGGCCAAGGCCAACUCAGGACCCAGGCCUGGCACCCAAACUGCUGAGUCUUUCCAACACUUUUGAGAUUUCUUCCUUUGUCUAGGAGGCUGAAGCCAGGGCCUGAGGCUCUGCAUCUCCUCCCAGGGGACCCAGGCCUGGAGUUGGCCCCCAAAUCUGGGCCAACUCAGAGUUGGUGCAGUCUGGAGUUUUCCAUCUGUGGCCUCAAGACCCAGUUCUUAGGAGGAGGAGGGGCACCCACCCUAGGCCUGCUAGGUACCCCCCAAAGCCAGCACCAACUACAAGUCACUGGGCCCCCUGAUCCCCCUUCCACUGCUCUGUCCUCGAGCACUGUUGAAAUAUACUUUUUAUUGCAUUUCUGCCGUUUUACAAAAAUAUGACAAAAUAAAUUAAAAACAAAUAAAUA